AUGUCUAUUGCGCCAGGGGCCGCCAAUUUCCCCGCUUCAGCAUCAUUCCAUGUCCCUACCGAAGUUUGGGCACAGAUCUUCUAUGAAUUUCGCGACGACAAUUACACCUGGUCUGGGCGGAUAAACUGGCGUAGUUAUGCUUAUCGGGACCGAGAUGAUGUCUCAGAAGAUCUGACUACGCUUCAGAGUUUACGCCUGACCUGCCGCAUUUUCAAUCACAUUGCGUCCCCGCUGUUGUGUACUUUUCUGCGGCUCGAAUUAUCACAAGCCUCGCUAGACCGCUUGAUAGGGUUGUCCAAGAACCCAAUUAUCAUCAAGGGUCUCCGAGGCGUACAGCUGUCGCUCGCUUAUCGCCCUCCGGAGCUUGCCCAUGAUAUAUCGAACUACAUGAGGAAUAAGCUCGAGACCCUCACUUUCGAGGCUGUUCCGCAUUGCCAAAUAGAAACAGAAUUUCUAGAUAAGAAUUCUACCACUCAAGAAAAUAACCCAAGGGGUUACCGGCUGUUCAAAUGUCUCGAUGAGUAUGAGGCUCUUUCAUCUGAAUGGGAAGCCCAUAUUCAAGGCCAAAAUUCAUGUAUUUUGCCUCAGGAUCCAGGGUCAUAUCAAUGCAUCUUACGACAAUCUUUUGAAUCAUAUAAACGCUUGCACGAAGAGCAGUGCGAGUUGCUUAUGAGUGGCUCAUUUGUUCACGCGAUAGCAACCGCCACAGCCAAGACUCAGCAUCCGAUAGCAUUGAGUCUCCAUGAUCAUAUUUUCUGGUAUAGUGAUGACAAUGACUUCUCUAAUGAAGACUAUUGCACGGAACUUAUCUUUGAUCGAGCAAAGCUUUCCCGACUCUUACUCCAGCCUCAUUCCUGGGAAGCGUUGGAGAUAAUGCCCGAGAACCCGAUGAUUUUACCUAUCCGAAUUCUGGUAGACCUACCCAUUGCCAUCAAUGAAGCUGGUGGAUGCUUGGAUAGCCUCAGCCUCGAUUGCUUCUCUUCCGCCUGGAAAAAUGUCCCGAUGGCCUAUCCCCACGGAGGCUUAUCAGAAAGUCUGUGGAGCCAACUCGGGGCUGCAUGCCAGCAGUUAAGAGUAUUUGAAUUUGGCGGCUGGUUUAUGAACGAACAAGGCUCAACAAGGCAUAAUGUCAAAUCUGAUGAGAAGUUUUACGUUGAUAAAUACGUUUCAGUCAUGCUCACUUCGCCCAAAUUGGAGUGUGCCACUAUUGACAUGGCGUGUUUCUACCUGGAAGAAGGCAAUUACGAAAUCCAAACAUACCUUCCGCAGAACACUAGCUCGAGCCUUCAAAUCCUUGCUCUCGAAUAUUCCUACUUAUCUCAAAAGGAUCUGGAGGCAUUGUGCCGAUUGGUUGGUCCUAACCCCUCCUCAAUUCAAAUCUCAGUCACGACAUUGUUAGACGGCAGUUGGUCCAAUGCUCUUGAGAUAUUAAGAAGUCAGUUUAAGCCUUGCUCACGCAGCAGAGAGUGCAUGGUGUCAUUCUUCCACCUAGCUGGUGGAGAGAUUGGUGCGGUACCAAUGUCUGACUUUGAGAGCGACGAUGGUAAUGAAAGCGGGGACGGGCCUCAGGGAGAGUACGAGAAAAUGAUCUCCCAGGCAGAACAAUAUGUGUUAGGCUCUGCCGACCAUUUUGCUUAUAAUUAG